GUAAUAAUAAUAAGAAUGGAGCCCAGCGCAAAGUUUACGGGAGAUGUGGAUAAAACGCAAAUACCGCCGCUGAAUCAAAAGCGCAUACUGGCUUUUGUCAACCAUUUUCUAAUCAGCACCUGCACUUUUCUCAAUGAAUUCGCGCUUAACUGCGAAACGAAAUUUAUGCAAAUGGAGCGCCAGUUGCAGCGAACAGAAGCCGCAUUAAUCAUACUGGAAGCGAAGCUCGCAUCAAUUCCAAUAGAUAACGAAACAGACACGGCCGAAUCGAGUACAAUUGUUGUUGCAACCACUGCUGAGGAAAUUGCUGACACGCCAGAAAUUAUAGAAGAGGUGGUGAAAGGCGUGCAAGUUUCGCAGGACAUUCGCUACAGGAAAUUCUUCAAAAUGCUUCAAGUGGGCGUGCCAGCGCCCGCUGUUAAAAUAAAAAUGCGAUCGGAGGGGCUGGAACCGCAGCUGCUAGACCAACCCGAUUUGAUACUGGAGGACGGCGUGCUCGAGUAGCCUGAUUCGUGUUGUACAGUCAAUAAUUGUGAUAUACACUCUAAUUUUGUAUAAAUGAAAACAUUUUGCUUAGAUUUA